AUGGACGCCUGGGAGGCCACCAAGGUGGUGUUCGACCGGGUGCAGGCGCUGGACCCGGAGAACGCCUCCAAGAUGAUGGGCCUGCUGCUCAUCCAGGACAACAGCGACAAGGAGCUCAUCCGCCUCGCCUUCGGCCCGGAGCACCUGCUCCACGCCUUCGUCGCCACCGCGCGCGCCGAGCUCGCCGGCAAGCCCGCGUCCCCGCCGUCGCCCGUGCUCGGCCCGCUGCAGACCGGCCCGCCCUGGGGCCUCCCGAGCCCCGGCGUCGGCCACCACCAGCACCACCAAUCGCCCUUCGCCGCCGACCAGCUCGGGUACGACGGCGGCGUCGACGCGUUCUACGCCGACGACUAUGACGUCUAA